AUGCAAUUUUCGGGAGCACAGGCGGCGGAAGUUUCGGCUGUCUCGGAGGGCAAAGACGCGAGUGGCCCUUCGCGGGAAGACGCCGACCAGCCGAACACCCCCUCCGACAAGCAAAUCCAAAAACGCGCUUCUUCUCCGCAGCUCCUCUGCACAGCGCCUCCAAAAAACACCAAGCGCUGGCAGGGGGUCAGCCUCUGGGGAAUGGCGAAGCCUCCUACGACUCCACGCGAGACGCAUGCAGCCUUCGAAACAUCCAAAGCCUCCGAGCCGUGGCAGGCACUGCGCGAACCGACACACCCAGAGACGCAGCAGCAGCUCCCCCCCGACGCAACGCCCUCUCCGUGCAGCGAGACGGAGCUGCAGGGGCCCCUUUCUCGCGUUCGCCAGAUGCAGGAGAGCCUCGAAGAAAUAAUCCAAGCACUCAGGGAGAAGGAAGCUCACAUGCCAGAAGAUCUCUGCGCUCCCGGGGAGGCUGCAGCUCUCCAAAAGAACCACCUUCCAACAGGAGGACCCCCUUCUGCUGGACGCAUUCUGUCAAUCCUCACUUCUCUGCAGCACAGCAAACUGCAGCAGCAGCAGCAGCAGCAGCACCAACAGCAGCAGCAGCAGCAGCAGCAGCAGCAGCAGCGGCGGAGGCAAAGGGCCCCUCAGGACCGCCAGCAGCAGAACCAGAUAUACCUAUCCCUCAACACAAGAUGGAAAGCCUUGCAAGCGGCAGAUGCUGCAGCGGGAGUCGCGAGGGGGCCCCCAGAAAACGCCUUUCCUAGUGGAGGCGGCAGGAGGGGGAAGCGGGAAGGGAGAGAGCAGGGGCCCCCAGCAAUGGGCCUUUUCUCUCAGUGA